GUAGUCAGCACUCGCGCCACACCCGCAGGCCAGCGCCGGCCUAACCAACCACAAGGCUCGCGCUCCACACACUCCCACCGCCAUCGCCACACUCAACCGCCCACCCACCCACCCACACCCACCAACCACCCUCGCGCAAUCCUUGCAGCCGCCUCCGCCGACGACGACGACAAUGGCAGCAACAACAACUACGACACGGAGGAGGAGGAGGAGGAGGAGGAGGAGCAGUAG